UAUAUAGCUAGAAAGCCAUAUAUAUCAACUGAAGCAAAAUCCAGGUUCACAGAGAAAUUAUAUGGAGCAUCGUGUUGGAGCCUUGAUCCUUUUUUCAUGCUUGUUUGCAGUGUCGGUUGAGGGCAGGGUUCGUCGCUACAAGUUUAACGUGGUCAUGAAAAACACUACGCUGUUGUGCUCAAGAAAGCCCAUUGUCACCGUCAAUGGCAAGUUUCCGGGGCCAACUCUCUAUGCUAGGGAAGAUGACUCAGUCCUCGUCAAGGUGGUUAACCAUGUCAAUUACAACGUCUCCAUCCAUUGGCAUGGAAUUAGGCAACUGCGCACAGGAUGGGCGGAUGGGCCGGCGUACAUCACGCAAUGCCCGAUCCAACCGGGGCAGAAUUACAUAUACAACUUCACAAUCGCGGGGCAGCGGGGCACGUUGCUAUGGCACGCGCACAUAUUGUGGCUAAGGGCGACGGUGCACGGCGCCAUCGUCAUAUUGCCUAAGCUUGGAGUCUCUUAUCCAUUUCCUAAACCCCACAAGGAAGCAAUCGUUGUAUUAGGGGAGUGGUGGAAAUCAGACACAGAAGUGAUAGAGGAAGCUCUGAGAUCAGGUUUGCCCGCAAAUGUGUCGGAUGCCCAUACCAUUAAUGGGCUUCCAGGCCCAGUACGCAAUUGUCCCUCCCAAGGUGGGUUCACGUUGAGCGUUGAGAGCAGCAAAAGCUACAUGCUACGCAUCAUCAACGCUGCGCUCAACGAAGAGCUAUUCUUCAAGAUCGCCGACCACAAUCUGACUGUCGUCGAAGUCGAUGCCACCUACGUCAAACCCUUCGAAAUCGACGCCAUAGUGAUCUCUCCGGGCCAAACCAUAAGCGUAAUACUAACUGCCAGUAGAUGCUUCGGCAACUACAUGGUAGUCGCCUCCACUUUCAUGGACGAACCCAUCGGUUUCGACAAUACCACUGCCACCGCCACUCUCCACUACGUUGGCGGGCUCCCCAAUUCUUCGCCCACCCGUACUGUCGUACCCGCUCACAACGCCACCCCAGUCGCCUAUAACUUUCUCGAAUCCCUCAGAAGCCUCAACUCGAAAGAAUUUCCGGCCAAAGUCCCGGUAACAGUGGAUCACUCCCUUCUAUUCACUGUCGGACUUGGGAUUAACCCUUGUCCAACUUGCAAAGCCAGCAAUGGACUUAGACUGGUGGCUGCCAUCAACAAUCUCACGUUUGUGAUGCCAACUACAGCUCUUCUCCAAGCACAUUACUUCAACGUAAAGGGCGUCUUCACCGAUGAUUUCCCCAGCUACCCCCCCUUCGCUUUCAACUACACCGGCAUCCCGCCAGCGAAUUCACAAACAUCGAGCGGAACGAAGGUGUACCGGCUGCCUUACAAUGCGACAGUGCAACUCGUGCUGCAGGAUACGAGCAUGAUACUACCAGAGAAUCAUCCUUUCCAUUUGCAUGGAUUUAAUUUCUUCGUUGUUGGGAGGGGAUGGGGAAAUUAUGAUCCGAAGAAAGAUCCUAAGAAAUUCAACCUUGUUGAUCCUGUGGAGAGAAACACAAUUGGGGUGCCUUCCGGCGGAUGGGUGGCCAUUAGAUUCCGAGCAGAUAAUCCAGUAAUUUUCUAUUGGCAGGAGUGUGGUUCAUGCAUUGCCAUUUGGAACUGCACACAACAUUGGGGCUGAAGAUGGCAUUCCUAGUAGACAAUGGAAAGGGCCCUAACGAGUCUGUUUUGCCACCUCCCAAGGAUCUUCCCAAGUGUUAGGGCAACCCUAAAUUUCCAUGGCCAUAUCAGGACAGUGAUGUCAACAUUUGUAUAUUCAUCGAUAGAUGGAGGAAGAGGCAAUGCGUCCAAAGAACAUCCAACAAGAAGGGGGAAAUAUGGAAGUCAAUAUUCUUAGUAGCAGUACCAUAUAAUUCAGUGGUUCUCUACCACUAGAAGGGUGAUCGUCCCAAUCUGAUAUAUAAGUAGGUUUGGUUUGGGAGCUCAAAGAAGUGGCAGUAUUCGCUUCUCUUUUGUUGUUUAUCACAUGUUUGGUCUAAACUAUUUUAUGUUUCAUGUUGAUUUUUUGAAAUUCUUUAAAUUGGAUAAAGGGUGUGAGAGUUGUCGAUAUAAUUUUCUUCCUUAUUAUUUGAAGCUUGUCUUGUUAA